AUGCGCUUCUCUCCACUACUAUCGACUCUCUUCUACACUUUCUCAAACAUUACCCGUGUGAGACCUGUGCUGCCUUCACACUUGGCUUUCCGACCUAUCCCUCUUCGAUCCAUGUCCGGCAUUCCUUUCCUAGGCGCUCUUUUCGGCACUUCAUCCAAGAACUCUUCCAACAUGUCGUACCCUGACAAUCGCUCAAACGACGAAUGGCGAGCUGUUCUUAACAAGGAGCAAUUCCGCAUCCUCCGUGAGAAGGGCACUGAGCCCCCUGGUUCAGGAAAGUUUGACAAGCACCAACCAGACCACGGCGUAUACACCUGCGCAGGUUGUGAUGCGCCGCUUUACAAGGCGAGCCAUAAGUUCAGCUCUGGCUGCGGCUGGCCUGCCUAUUUUGAUAGCAUCCCUGGCGCCGUCGUCCGUCAUGAGGACCGCGCUUUCGGUAUGGCACGAACAGAGAUUGUCUGCUCCAACUGCGGUGGUCACUUGGGACAUGUUUUUAAGGGCGAGGGCUACGAUACCCCCACCGACGAGCGUCAUUGCGUGAACAGUGUCAGUAUAAGCUUCUCGCCUGAUGAGAAGACUGUCAAGGAUAAGCCCGAAAGCAAGGCUUAA